AUGCCUUAUACAGUAACACCAACAGCACCUCUUACUCUUCCAGUUACAAAUUCAAUUUCACUUACAUCUUCUGAUAUUAACUCUUAUCGUGAAAAUGGUUACCAUGUUGUACCUAAUCUUCUUUCUCCUUCUCAACUUGAACAAUGGCGAACUAUUAUAUAUGGUGCAGUAAAAGAUCGUGCAGAAAGAAAGUAUAAAAUGCCUACAGCGAAUGAAGAAGAUCAUACCAAUGUUAAUUUUGAGUAUUAUGAUAAUAUAUUCACGCAACGUAUCAAUUUAUGGCAAACACAUAAUUCUGUUAAAGAACUAUUACUAGAAAGUGGAAAUGUUAUUGGAAAAAUGGCUGCUGAAUUGGAAGGUAUUGAUUGUGUUAGAAUUUGGCAUGAUCAAGCAUUAAUUAAAGAACCAUUUGCAAAUCCUACUUCUUGGCAUUUUGAUGUUACAUAUUGGUCAUUCACUUCUUUGCAUGCCAUAAGUGUUUGGAUUGCAUUGGAUGAUUCAACAUUAGAAAAUGGUUGUAUGUAUUUUAUGCCUGGAUCACAUAAAGUUAUAGAACGUCGUUAUUGUGAAUCAAAAAAUACAUUUCCAGAGAUAAAAAUCGGUAAAAAUAUGGCUGAUAUAUUCGCUAUUUAUCCUGAAUUAAAACAAAUGCCAACAGUAGCUGUACCAAUGAAAGCAGGAAGUGCUUCAUUUCAUAGUGGUCUUCUUAUACAUGGCGCUAAUGCCAAUAUGACACCAGGGAGAAGACCUGCAAUGACUAUUCAAAUGAUGCCAGAUAAUAUGGUUUUCAAUGGUAAACAGAAUAUUUUAACAAAAGAACAAAUGGAUAAAUUAGAAAUAGGUGUCUCUGUUUUUAAUGAUGAUAAUUGUAAUCCCAUAUUAUAUAAAAAAAAUUAA